AUGAAAUUAUUGGUCUGUAAUCGAGGCGAGAUUGCUAUCCGAGCAUUGAAUGCUGCCCGUGAACUUGGUCUGGAGACCGUGGCUGUGUAUGCAGAUGAGCAAGACAAGAGCCACUGUGAUGUAGCGCAUGAAUCAAUCAAACUCAAGAGUCCUGCUUCGUUCCUGGAUCCUCAACAAAUCAUUGCAGCGGCUAAAAGUGUACAAGCUACAGCUAUUCAUCCCGGCUAUGGGUUCUUGUCAGAAAGCACAGAGCUUGCUGAGCAAUGUAAACAAGCCAACAUUCUAUUCGUGGGUCCUUCUCCUUCAUGUAUCGCAGCCGUUGGUGACAAGGUCUCUGCACGUCAAGUAGCUCAAGCAGCUGGUGUCCCUGUUAUUCCUGGUUCAGAGCAAUCAGUGACGCGUGUGGAGGAGGUGUUUACUUUUGCUGAACAACAUGGCUAUCCCAUCAUGCUCAAGGCACGCGAUGGAGGUGGUGGACGUGGCAUUCGCAUGGUGCAUUCGCGAGAGCAAGUGGACGAUGCACUCCAACGAUGUGUGAACGAGUCGCCGACGAAGCAAGUGUUUGUGGAGAAGGCGGUGACAGGAGCCAAGCAUAUUGAAGUGCAGAUCCUCGGCGACAAGCAUGGCAACCUGAUUCAUCUAUUGGAACGAGAUUGUUCAGCUCAACGUCGAUAUCAAAAGAUCAUUGAAGUAGCACCUUGUCCAUCAUUGAAUGUGGAACUUCGACAAGCCAUACAUGCAGCUGCCGUACGCCUUGGAAAGCACAUCCAUUAUGAUUCCACUGGCACCGUUGAGUUCCUUGUUCAACCACAGCAAAACAAGUUUUAUUUCCUCGAAGUCAACCCACGUAUCCAAGUCGAGCACACCAUCACUGAACAAAUCACUCAAGUCGAUCUUGUCCAAAGCCAAAUUCGCGUAGCCAUGGGAGAACGCCUUGAUACCGAUUUGCUCCUGACACAAGUAUCCAUCCCAUUGAUCCCACGCCAAGUCGCUAUUCAGGCACGCGUUGUUGCUGAGAACCCUGCAAAAGAUAACAUGUUGUCAGUGGGCAAGAUUACAGCUGUUCAAUUUCCUCAAGGUCAAGGCAUUCGUAUCGAUACUUGGAUCAAGCCUGGUUGUGUUGUUUUACCCACAUUUGAUUCUCUUCUUGCCAAGGUGAUUGUGACAGGACAAGGAUACCAUGAUGCUGCUCGAAAGUUGUUAUUGGCAUUGGAGCGUACGGAUAUUCAAGGAGUGGAUACCAACAUUGAUUUCAUGGCAGCAUUGAUUACGCAUCCCAUAUUUACCAACAAUUGCAUUCAGGACGUGCAUAUCAAGGCACUUGAGGAACAAUCACAUGCCGUGCUUCAGGCGAGUGACACAUUUACAAAGGCACGUUUAGCAAGACGACAAGCAAUUGCUCAUGAUCCAUCAGCUGAGCCAGCAUCUGCAGCGGCGACUUCAGCAGCGGGUGGAAUGACAUUUAAGCCUGGUGAUGCUUUCAAUAUCGAGUUUACGGAUGCUCAAGAUGAAGAUGCAGCAACAACACAAUCACACACUGUGCAAGUUGAAUCCAUUUCUACAAACAACUUCCCCGAUGAAUUCGUUGCCGAGAUACAGACCACACUUCAGCCUGAGAAACCUUUGGCUAUCACAAUUACUCGCAAAUCCGCUGUUGUUGGUUCAGCCAUGCGUCGUAAGGCUUCUUCACGUCAACCAUCCGAAAUAGCAACACCUAUCACUGGUAUGGUGGUGGAAAUCAAUGUCAAUGAAGGGGAUAUCGUGGAAGCAGGUCAACAAGUCUUUGUCAUGAGUGCUAUGAAAAUGGAAACAGUGGUUCGUGCUACAAUCCCUGGUCGCGUUCAAGCCAUUUAUGCCAAACCCAAUGACCUUGUCGAAGGCGGUGACCUUAUUGUGGAAACAUCAGAGGCCAAAGAAAGCAAACUUUAG